ACGCGUGAUAAUAAUAAUAAUAAUACACGAUGUUUCGAUACGACACGAUAGUAUCGUCGCGAAGCGAGGAAGUUUUGCAAAUAUAUCGCGCAAUGCAAGAAUUUACAUUCGGAUUUUCCGAGAGACGCGAAAUCGCUUGCGUUCUCUUCUCGCAUCUGCCUGUGACAAAAAUGUCUACUUCCUACGAGCAAAGAGAUCAAACGGAAGUGCGAUCUUCGGAGAGUUUUUGCGAACUGUUCACUCGCUCCGCUUCGCGCGCGAAAAUCCGGAAAGUGCGACCGAGGAAUGUGAAAUCUUCUUUUUCGCGAAUCUGGUCACGAACGAGAGCCCCACAUCCAUCCCAUCGACCUCGCGGUCGCCACCACCGCGACGAGAGACAUCGUAUUGUUUCCUUCGUUAAACCGAAGUGAUCAUUCCGAGUGCCAUUUGCCUUUUGCGUGCCACUCGGUGCGCUCGGUGCGUCCGAUCGAACAGCAAGAAUUUCGGAACGAGAUAUCGUUAUCGAAGUCGCGGGUCGGAGGAAGCGAUCCGAGAAGUUAUCCGCGCGAUAUUCCGGAGCGGUGCGCGUAAGUUUAUAAGAGUCGAGAGAGAAAGAGAGAGAGAGACAAUAAUUUCUUAUAAAUUCCUCGAUAUUUUUAAAAUUCGCAAAAAUUUCAAAACGAUACUUUUACUAGUCAACUACGUCUUAGUUUUAAGUUAAUUAGUAAUUAAAUGAAACGCGAAUAUAAAGUGAGUUUUAUAAUUGACAAUUUAUCUCGCGAUCUCGGAGAGCGAUGAUUUUUUUUUUAUGUCGUCCGAACAAAUUCCGAAUUCUCGCAAGGUGCGUCGACUUUAGAGCUAGGUGACAAUUUUACCGGUCGAAUCGCGUCACCUGAUUACGCGCAACGUAAAUUAAACGAGAUCUCGCUCCUUCAAUACGGUAUUCCGAUCUCAUCACGUUGGUCACGAUUGACGGGAGUGCGUGACAUCCGGUGCCGCGUCUGGGAAGAACACGAAGAAUUCGUCAGGAUGGUGGCCGAGCUAGCGGACAUUUUCACGGCGACGGUCGACGACAAGGCAUCGCCGGGCGACACCUCGGGACGUCGCAAACGCGCCAAAUGGAUCCGAACGGCGACGCGUGAGCCGAUCUACAGUGUCCUGGAUAGCGACGAGAGUCUGCCCCCGAAUAUUCGCGGCAAGAUCGUGGUGAUCAGCGCGGUGAAGAACAACGAGUCAAAACGGAAGUCCCCGCCGGAGAGCAGAGCGUCGUCGAUUCUCGAGGUCGAGGACACCCUCUACAGCGUGGUGAGGAAACCGAAGAAAGUGCGACUGCCGGAAACGUCGUCCUCCGAGGAGGCAAUUCGACGAUCUGCCGUCGAUCGGACGCAAACCGGGAACACCGCUGAGAAAUCGCAACAGCUGGACGAUCCCGAGAACACGCCCGGACGAGUCGAGGUGAGAAAGUGGCUGAGCGACACGCCUAGACGGGCUCUUCCGGAACUACCGGGGAUGUAUACCGAUCGGAGCGAGUACGAGAACUCCUGGCACGAUCACCGGGACAGCUCGGUGGCGAUGCCCAGGGGUGUGGUGGGUCUCGUCGGACCCUACCGGGUGUACGGGAACCCCAACGAGAGAAGAGAGUACAUGCUCCAGGAGGAAGAACUUGUCGAGGAAAUAGUGGAUUCCGCGAGCGAGAGGGUGCAGGAAGGAGGCAGCAGCAAAGAGGAGCAUCGUCAGCGUGCCAAGUGGAAGAUCCGGGAGGACGACGAGGAGACCCUGGUGCCGGAUAUUCGGGAUCUGCCGUGUCUGGAAAUGAAGUCGGUGACGGGCGACGGGAAGAAGAACGACGAGUGGAAGGAGGAACAAAGAUCGACGACGGAGAAAUCAGGAUGCGUCGAGAGGAUCGUGUCCGGUAAAGAGGAGCGCGCGGUGGACGUUCCCGACACGAUGUCCGACGCGGUUUCGACAACGCUCAAGGACAAAUGGGCGAGCAAUGAGCAGCACGACAAGGACAGCUUGAACGAGACCGGAAGUACAACGGGUGGCACCGUGGAGGGCGCGCCAGGCGGCAGUGGCCCCAGCCGGGGUGACAGGACCAAGGACAAGGACGACCAGUCGCCCGCGCAGGCAUCCACCUCGGCGCAGCCGGCGAGAUCACUGGUCUCCAGGAUUCUGGCGAGAACCAGAUCGCCCGACCUGCUGGAUCACUCGGAACCCUAUUCGCAAUUAUGGGUGGUCCUGUCGAACGUGUACGGCGAGCUGAUCGUCGUGCUGACAUUGGCGGUGUGCUUGGCCGAGGUCAUGGACACGCCCGUUCCUCUGCUCAGUUUGCAAGGCGUCUUUCUCAUGUAUCUCUACGUAGGCAGCAUCGCCGUUAUUAUCGGCAUCUACAUAUGGGUGCUGAUUGACAGUUGCGGCAGUUUGAGCCGGGGUGGCGGACUCGGCGACGCGGAACUCGGCGGCGCGUCGCUUACCAGAUUCGGGUCGUUAAAACGGGCGCACAUCUCCAGGUCCAGGACCGCGCCGACCAGUUUCUACAUCCGCGUUGGCGCUCUUUUGUUCGGUCUGGCGACGCUGGUUUUCAACGGUCUGGAGAUGGCCAUGCACUCGAUGAUGCAGGGCGCCGAGUGCCUGACCGACGUCGUCUUCGUCCACCCGGUGCUGCACGGCCUGUUCACAUUCUUGCAGAUGCACUUUCUCUUCGUAAACUCGCAGGUUCUCGUCGAGCGCUUCGGUCUGGCGGCCAGAUUCGGCUUCACGCAUCUCGCAGCUACUAAUGUCGCGGUCUGGGCGCGUCUGGUGAUUUGGGAUUCCGCGCAAGAGUGGACGUACUUCGUGCAUCUGGCGCAGCACGAACAAGAAACGUCGGUGUCUCCGUUGAAUCUACGAGGAUUUCCCGGAUCUCUGACAAGACAGUCGCGAGAUCUGACAGAAGAGACAGCAACGAAGACGUUCAAGCCCUAUCAGCCCGUUUCGAACGAGCAAAUCUCGCAAGUCAUCGCGCUGCAGGAAUGUCUUAACACCAACACGUUGGGACAACUGUGGACGUCGAGCAUGCCCUUCCUAUAUCCUUUUAUCGUGCAAUUUAGUCUGAUCGCAGCGGCGGUGACCUUCGUAAUGGGUCAGAACGUCGGGCGGAGUCGGCUGGUCAAGCAAAAAUUCCACGGCAGCAAGGAUCUCAGCAGUCACACCCGGGUGGGCUGCGACGGUUCCAGCAAGGGUCUUUUCUUGGGUAUUCUCUGCAUGGUCGCCGGCAUCGUGGUGAUUCUCAUCUUCCUCGUGGUGCGGGAGGACGAGAACUUCCCGUCCGCCACGCUGUCCUGGCUCACGUGCGGCACCCUCAUCGGCAUCCUGACGCUGAGCAGUCUAAUGACCGCGAGCGGCCUGGUGCAGGUGCGCCAGAUCUCCGUGGUGACGAGAGCGCCGGCCGCUCUGGACAAUCUCCUGUCGAACGUGUCGCUCUUCGGGGUGCAGCUCUACUCGGUCUUCACCAUCGUGGUGUGCGCGUGCUCGCUGGCGAUGUCGGAUCAGAACGAGACAGAAGACACCCGGGCGCGACACAUCAUGCUGCUGUCGACGUCGAUUCUACAACUGGUGCAGUGCUUCGCGCAGAGCACGCUGAUCGCCGAGACGUCCCGCCGCUCGUGUAUCACGCGCUUCCAGAUGCUGGCGAAACCCGGCCGCCAGGUGAUCACCUUCCUGCUGUUCAGCAACGCCGUGCUCUGGGCCUUCGACACCGUCAUCACGCAGAACUGGCUGUCGCAGGAGCUGCAGCUGCGUUUCUUCGGCGUUCUCGCCUGGGGCGUGCUGUCGAGGAUCGGACUGCCGUUGCUGAUCUUCUACAGGUUCCACAGUUGCGUGCUGCUGCUGGAGGCGUGGAACAAGUGCUACCGAACGUCGCGCGGGGAGCAUCCUCUCAACUGACAACGCGGAAUCUCGCGCAGACUUUCGUGCAGACCACGUCCCGACGCGCAAGAUCUUCGCUGUCCCAGGAGACUGAUGCUGGAAACCGCAGACAACGGAUACGCUUACAAGCGGCUGCUGUAUCCGAAUUCGCUGUCGCUGGACGCGAUGCAUCUUCUCCCGUACGUGGACAGCGCGAGCUGGUUGUACCUGGACCCGAAUCCCAUUUUACCCGUCCGUCUAUCGAGUCUGGAGUGCAACGCGUCGUUGGCGACCGAGCAACGCCACCACCGUCAUCACCAUUGCCAACGUCACCACCACCACCACCAUCAUCACCACCGUCAUCGCGACAGACGACACCGUCGAGUGUUGAGCGAUCCCGGUGGUUGGAACGCCGACAUGCGAACGGACACGACGCGACAUAGACGCGUGCUGAGCGGCAGCGCCGACCUCAUGCGAGCGUCGAUCGACGAGGCCAACGAAGACAAUUUGUCGCCCGAGGAGGACACGAGAGCGUCGACCUUCAGGAAAGUGCCAUGGCACCCCAAUUUGCAUAUGCUCAGAAGAACGUAGUGAUUAUGUGACGAAGAGCGAAAGUCUCGAAAAAAAAAAAAAAAAAAAAAAAAAAAAAAAAAUU